AUGGCCAAGCCGAGAAUGGAUAACUUUUACUCAGGAAGCAGCAUAAAACAGCCAUCAGUGGGAACGAGUUCAACGUCUGCAUUUAAGCCUUAUGACACUCUAAAAGGCGGAAAGAAUGGUGGUUCAGCAUUACUGUAUGACUGGAAGGGUCUUGAAGGUCUUUCUGAAGAAACGGAACCAUCAGAUUUGACGAUUGUCAGCGGACACCUAACUGCUCUAACUGAGCACAGUAUUGAGAAUGAGGAUCGCCUCUACUUCGGUUCUGGAAAUCAGCAACCCAAUCUACCAAAUUUUACGGACCUUUGUCAACUAGUUGGAAUCGAUCUAAGUCCGGGUUCCAGUUCCUUCCCCGUCGAUCUUUCCAUGGACUCUUCAGGCAACAACUCUAAACAACUAAAAGCGGAGAUACCAGGACGUGUUGCAACAAUUCAAUUUGUCAAACUCUACGAACAGCAUUGUGCUGAGGUGUACGAGGCAAUUUUAACUCCACAAUUGGAGAAAUUACGAAACAUUUGGCAGAGAUUUUGGAGCCCUUGCGAUGUCUUAACAAAAGAUUUGGGACAGAAGGAUCCUGGCACUAACAUCCAUACUAACUCAGAAACGCGACUAAACAAAAUGCAGCUUGCAUUGAUAAAUAAUCGAAAGAGCCUUUGUCUGUUUGUGGAAAUAGCAGAUAAAGCACUUUAUCAAACCCUCCUUGAAAUUAUUGUCAGUGACAGCCUAAAGUCCUUACCGCCGUCCUUAUUGCACACGGUUAAAAUGAUGAUCAAGCGUGUACAGCACUGCUUACGUUCAGCUAUUCGUCACUUAAGUCCAACUCUAAUUAACUGCAAAUUAACGGCAAUCAGCGGGUUUAUAAAAGGCCUACGGCGCGUUAUUGGUCUAGCAAAUCUCAGUCGUGCUGCUGAUCAAGUCUUCAAUUCACCUGAAAAGCUAGAACAAAUGCGCUUGGACAUUCAGAAACUGGAUCUGGCAAGUAUUGAGGCGCAAGGAUCCUGGGCUAGUGAUUGUCUGCCCUCCUGGACACUUUUUAGUGAACGCAGUCUGCUUGCCAAUGUCGCUAUCCUUUCUACAACCAUUCACGAAAUUUCAAAUAGGAGUAAUCAAAUCUCAAUGAACAAUUCUUCUCGAAUGAAAAUCCCUUCCUUCCCCAAUUUGACCAGCAAUGAUUCAAUACAACCGAUGAGUCAGCUCGAGUCAUCUAUGGGUUUCCCACUGACUAUGGUGCAGCUGCAUUCUGAACUUCAGCAUUUACUAUCUCCAAAUGCUACAUUGGCUUGUUUGGUCACCUGGCUUGAUAGAAUUGUACUGAGAGGGUUGGACGAACAUGUAAUCGGACCUAAAAGAGCCAAUGCAGCAAGGCAACUCAUGCUUGUCUGGAACUAUUACAGUUCACUACUCAUCCGCGAAUUAACUCUCCGUUCGGCGCCAAGUUUUAACAGUUGUUAUCUCAUACGAAUGCUAUGUGAUGAGUACCUGAGCUUCCGUUUGGAGCAAAUAGCAGAAUCACCUCUGUUGUCUAUACCCUCGCGAAGCAGUGCAAUCUCCGUUGGGCCUCACAGACCCGAAGGUUGUGUUUGCUGCAAAGGUUCAUCCAGCCCUAACAUGCAGAAUAAGAAUAUCACAGAGUCUGAAGUGACUUUAACGAGUACUGCAGGAGAAGGGCCAAAUGAAAAUGAAGCCGAUAUUGCAGCGGCGACACUGCUAACUACAUUUAAUAGUAGGGAUGAAGAGGAAGAGAAUUCAAGAGACCUUGAAGCAGAAUCACCAUGGGAACAAGCUACUUCAAGCAACUGUUUUACCUACUUUGAUGGAUGUCAAACAACCAAAUUGCCUUCUAUGGUUCUGGCUGGCUCUGACUCAAUGUGGACAUCGUUUUCUUUCCCUGGAAAUGCCCUAGGUAUCCAGUCAUUCACGGAUGAAGAUGCUAUUGCUAUGAACACUAUGGAAUCUACACAAACAACGCCACCUUCUGACACGCAUGUCCUUCCACAGAUGAAUAUGUUGCCCGUCUUUCCUGAUCAAAUUCCGAUAAAGCCUUCUCCUCCAUCUCAAAGCAUAAUGAAUGUCAAUGAGGGAGAUGUAAGUAGAGUAAAGAAAAGAGGAAAUGAAAAAGAAAUCGGCGGUUUAGUGGGGAAUCCCAUAAAUGAAAUAGCGCAUAAGGCAGGUUAA